AUGGCUCCCAAGAUCACCAUCUCCAUUGAUCGUGGAGGCACCUUCACCGAUGUCCACGCCAUUGUCCCUGGCAAGAAUGACAUCGUGUUGAAGCUGUUGUCGGUCGAUCCCGCCAACUAUUCCGAUGCCCCGACUGAGGGCAUCCGCCGCGUGCUUGAGGCCGCAACGGGCGAGAUAAUCCCGCGCGGCGUCCCGCUGCGCCUCGACGGCAUCGAGUGUCUGCGCAUGGGGACUACAGUCGCAACCAAUGCUCUGCUCGAGCGCAAGGGCACUCGUUCCGCGUUGCUGACCACCAAGGGCUUCCGCGACCUGCUGCGCAUCGGCAACCAGGCCCGGCCUGAUAUCUUCGACCUGUCGGCGGCAAGACCGGACGUUCUGUUCAAAGCUGUUGUCGAGGUGGACGAGCGCGUCAUUCCCGCCCACCCUCGUGCCGACAAGGCGGCCCUUGCUCCUUACCGUUCCAUCCUGGGAACGACAGGGGAGACCUACCACGUCCUGCAGGAGCUUGACGUUGCAGCCGUCACGGCCGAUCUCCGGUCGCUCAAGGAGCAGGGGUUCGGCUCUGUCGCCGUCGCUCUUAUCAACUCGUUUGCCUGCCCCGAGCAUGAGCGCACCAUCGGCGACAUAGCCUCGAGCCUCGGCCUGUCGGUUGCGCUGUCGUCGACCCUGCAACCCAUGAUCAAGGUCGUGCCGCGCGGUAUGUCGGCGACGGCCGAUGCCUACCUGACCCCCGUCAUCAAAGACUAUGUUGAUGCCAUCUCGGCCAACUUUGAGGGGGGCCUCGCCGGUGCCCAUGGCUGCCGGGUCGAGUUCAUGCAAUCAGACGGCGGCCUGGUCGACUUCCGCCACUUCAGUGGUCUGCGUGCGAUUCUGUCAGGCCCGGCUGCCGGCGUCGUCGGCUUCUCGGCCACCAGCUGGGAUCCCGAGGCUCGGGUACCGAUCAUCGGCCUCGACAUGGGCGGCACCUCGACCGACGUGUCGCGCUUCGACGGCAAUCUAGAACACACCUUCUCCUCGAGCAUCUCUGGCGUCAGCAUCCAGGCGCCGCAGCUCGACAUCAACACUGUCGCCGCAGGCGGUGGAUCCAUCCUGUCAUGGCGCAAUGGUCUGUUCAUGGUCGGUCCCGAGUCUGCCUCGGCACAUCCGGGUCCGGCCUGCUACCGUAAGGGCGGGCCUCUGACUGUGACGGAUGCCAACCUCUUUCUCGGAAGGUUGCUGCCCGAGUACUUCCCCAAGAUCUUCGGCCCCAACGAGGACCAACCGCUUGACCGUGACAUCACCACCAAGCUAUUUACCGAGCUGACCGACAAGAUUAACGCCGAUCAGUCGGUCCAUUAUACGCCCGAGCAGGUCGCCCUCGGGUUCCUCAAGGUUGCUGACGAGUCCAUGACACGGCCGAUUCGCAACCUAACCGAGGCGCGCGGCUUUGAGACUUCCUCUCACCAUCUCGCCUGCUUCGGUGGGGCGGGUGGUCAGCACGCGUGCAACGUGGCGGCGUCGCUGGGUAUAUCGCGCGUCAUCGUGCACCGCUACUCGUCUAUCCUCUCGGCGUAUGGCCUAGCGCUGGCGGACAUUGUGCACGAGGCCCAGGAGCCCAUGGCUGCCGAGUUUUACGCCGCCAAGGCGUCCAUCGCCGAUCGUCUGCGAGGGCUCCAGAAGCGUUCCGCGGCCCAUCUCAGCACCCAGGGCUUCGGGCCCGAGCACCUGCGGCACGAGCUGUUCCUCAAUAUGCGCUACGAGGGGUCCGACACCAGCCUGAUGAUUCUAGAGCCCGCGGAUGGCGACUUUGCCGCGGCCUUUGUCGAGCGCCACCGCCGCGAGUUCAGCUUCGCUCUGGACCGUCCCGUCUUGGUGGACGACGUGCGCGUGCGGACGGUUGCCGCGUCGGGGACCGUCACCGAAAAGAGUCCGCUGCGCCAGCUGGAGGAAGCGACACUCCGCGAGGCCAGCGCCCCAACCAAGGUCAGCCCCGUCUACUUCGACGCCGAGUUCGGGUUUAUCGACACACCGGUCUACAAGCUGCUAGACCUUGGGAAGAACGUCCGCCUGCACGGCCCCGCCAUCAUCAUCGACGAGACGCAGACCAUCGUCGUGGCGCCCGCCGCCGUCGCAUAUGUGCUGCAGACGUGCCUCCUCAUCGACCUCGAGGCCGAUACUAAGGCCGACGCCAUCGCUGGCGCGGUUACGGAGACUGUCGACCCGAUCCGGCUGACCAUUUUUGGCCACCGCUUCAUGUCCGUGGCCGAGCAAAUGGGCCGCACGCUGCAAAAGACCGCCGUUUCGACCAACAUCAAGGAGCGGCUCGACUUCUCGUGCGCGCUGUUCUCGCCCGACGGCGGGCUCGUCGCCAACGCGCCGCACGUGCCGGUGCACCUCGGGUCGAUGCAGUUCGCGGUGCGCUUCCAGCACCAGCACUGGCUCGGCCGGCUGAAGGAGGGCGACAUGCUCGUGGCCAACCACCCCGUCUCGGGCGGAACCCACCUGCCCGACGUGACGGUGGUGACGCCCGUGUUUUCCCGCGGCACCGACGAGAUCAUCUUCUACGUGGCGUCGCGCGGCCAUCACGCCGACAUUGGCGGGAUCCUGCCGGGGUCGAUGCCCCCCAACUCGACCGAGCUGUGGCAGGAAGGCACGGCCAUCGAGUACGAGAAGGUGGUGUCUGGCGGCGUAUUCAACGAGGCGCGCAUGCGGGAGCUGUUCCUGGACAUCCCGGGCCGGUACAAGGGCUGCUCUGGAAGCCGCAACAUCAGCGACAACCUGUCGGAUCUCAAGGCGCAGAUCGCGGCUAACACGCGCGGCAUCGCGCUCAUCCAGGGCCUGAUCGACGAGUACGGGCUGGGCACGGUGCAGAUGUACAUGUACGCGAUCCAGACGACAGCCGAGAUGGCGGUGCGGAACCUUCUCCGGGGGCUAUUCCAGCGUUUUGAGGGCCGGCCGUUGGAGGCGCUGGACUUCAUGGACGACGGGACGCCGAUCCGCCUAUCCAUCACCAUCGCGGAGGACGGGUCGGCGGUGUUCGACUUCGCCGGCACGGGCCCCGAGGUGUACGGCAACAUCAACGCGCCCGAGGCCAUCACGCACUCGGCCAUCAUCUACGCGCUGCGCUGCAUGAUCAGCGCCGACAUCCCGCUCAACCAGGGCUGCCUCAGCCCCAUCGACAUCCGCAUCCCGCGCCCCAGCAUCCUCAGCCCCACGCGCGCCGCCGCCGUCGUCGGCGGAAACGUCACCACCUCGCAGCGCGUCACCGACGUCGUUCUCAAGGCCCUCGGCGCGUGCGCCGCCUCGCAGGGCUGCCUCAAUAACUUGACCUUUGGUAUUGAUGCCAAGGUGGAUGAGGCGACCGGCGCUGUUGUACCUGGAUUUGGAUACUACGAGACCAUCGCAGGCGGCGCCGGUGCCGGGCCGACAUGGCACGGCGAGAGCGGGGUGCACGUGCACAUGACCAACACGCGGAUCACGGACCCAGAGAUUCUGGAGAAGCGGUACCCGUGCGUGCUGCGGCGGUUCGAGCUGCGCGGGGGCACUGGCGGGAAGGGCGAGUUCCGGGGCGGCGACGGCGUGGCGCGCGAGAUCGAGUUCCUGACCCCCGUGCAGUGCUCUAUCCUGUCGGAGCGCCGCGUCCACCGGCCGUACGGCAUGGAGGGUGGCGAGGCGGGGCAGACUGGGUUGAACUUGUGGCUGAGCAAGGACGCGUACACGGGCGAGAAUAGGAUUGUUAGUAUGGGUGGUAAGGGGAGCGUUCCGAUGGGCACGGGUGAUCGGGUAGUCAUUAUGACGCCUGGAGGUGGUGGUUGGGGGACGAAGGAGGUGAAUGGGUUCAGCAGGGAUUGA